CACAAUCCGGGGACCCGCGAAACUCCGCGGUAGAAUUAAUUCCGUGAAAUUGAGACUUUAAUCCUUUGCUACUGAAAAACGUCGUACGGACUCGCGUAUGAAAAGGUUUAUGGAAACCAGUUACUGUACAUCGCAAACAUCUUAGGUACGAAGAAGUACAGACAUGUCCAUCCUGUUUUAUGGCUGGGAGACAGAAUGUGAUGAUGUCCAACACCUGGGGCCAGAGCAGGAGCCAAAGCAAGGAACGGUGUACACCAUGUACCACGGCACUAGCGUACAGGGGGCCCGCAGCAUCGUUCGGCACGGCUUCCGGCAGUCCCCCGACGGCAUGUUGGGGCCAGGUGUGUACGUGAGCCGCGACCAGAAGAAGGCACAACGCUACCCGCUGAAGGCCUUCCCCAGUGACCGCGUGGUGCUGAAGCUGAAUGUUGAUACUGGGCGUGUCAAACGCAUUGACAAGGACAACCACCCCUUGCAGAAGACCUGGCACAACCAGGGAUAUGACACAGCCUGGGUACCCCCCAAAUGUGGCAUGAAGGCUGUGCCCAGUGGCCUGGAGGAGGACUGUGUGUGGGACCCCAAUCGCGUGGAGAUAGUGGACGUCGCCCUGGCCCCAGAAGCUGUCCUCACCGAACUGCAGGGGCUGAUUGCUCAGAAACGACAGUUCAGAGGCCCGUCCCCUGGAAGGAGUGUGUGUCGGACGUGCAAGUCAGAGGCACACUUAGCGCACAGCGAGGAGACCUGCUGGGGCUGUGGGAAGAGCAUUUGCCCACUUAUGAAAAAGCACUUUUGCAAGUGGUAGUGUUGUGCUGUGGGGGGCACGGUGGCGUAGCAGGUUUGACCGGGUCCUACUCUCCGGUGG